CAGCCCCCAGCCUCCAGACAAUGAGCUCCCGACCCACCGUCUCCCCCCUCUCCCUCCCGCGCGCGUCCAGAGCCCCCCCCCCGCUCCGCCUGCUUUGAGAAAGAGGAGUUGGGGGGGAAAGGGGGCUGAGCGUCUGGGUUGAUCCCGCCCUCCCGGCCGGCCGUUCCCCGCUGCCCAGCGUCCGCCAGGCUGCUGAAGGGACAGACGGGCGGCGCGGGCGCGGGUGCUCUGGUCCGGACAGAAAGAAGGAUCAGAGCUCAGGAAGGGGAGUCCUCGCGUGGGAAUCCUCCUUACUCUCCUCGGUCCCUUUCUCUGGAGUCGCCGGCGAGGAGAAGAAGAAAGAGAAAAAAAGGGAGAGACGGGACUUUCCAGUGAAUGGACUCGCCGAAGGAGCGAACAUGGCCAGUGUCUCCUCCUUGGCAAGUACACCCACGCCAUCGUCCGCUGCAUUCCUUCCUCCUUUGCCACAGCGGAGACCACAGCGGAUGGAUCUGACAGUGGGGCUGAUCCGGUGGACCUAGCCAAGGCUCACCGACAGUACGGGGUCUUAUACUGGCAUACUGCGCCAAAAGCUAGGGCUGCAAGUCAUUGAACUGGCGGCAGACUGAGGGCUUCCCCUAUGCCACACUGGUGGGGGAUCUGGCAGUCAUCCAGGGGGAUACCGUGCUCCUCACUCGGCCAUGGAUGCCCACACGGCGAGACGAGAUCAGCUGUGUCAAAAAGGUCUUGGAGGAGCUAAAACUUCGUGUUGUGGAAGUUACAGAUGAGGGAGCCACCCUGGAUGGAAGCGAUGUGCUCUUUACAGGUAGAGAGUUCUUUGUGGGUAUUUCCAAAUGGACCAAUCACAGAGGAGCAGAGAUGGUAGCUGAUGCUUUUAGAGAUUUUGCUGUAUCUACCGUUCCUGUCUCGGGCAUGUUGCAUCUCCGCAGCUUCUGCAGCAUGGCGGGACCUGACACUGUUGUCAUUGGCAGCAGUGAAGUGGCCAAGAAAGCCAUGAAGACCAUGGAGCAAUUAACUGAUCACCACUACGAAACGCUGACAGUUCCUGAUGACCCAGCUGCUAAUUGUAUCUAUGCUCGUCUGGGGCAGAAGAGUAGUGUUCUUUUGCAUCGCAGCACUGAAGAAUAUCCAAACAGCGUGCAACCUUUUCAGAAGCUUCCAGAUUACACCCUGAUCCCUGCGGCGUGCACAGAAGUAGCCAAACUUGGUGGGACUCUCACUUCCUGCUCUCUUCUCAUCAACAAGAAGCUGGAGAUCUAGUGCCUAUAGAUCCACACAAAAAUACAGGUUCCCCCAGUCCCUGGAGCCUUUUCCUUGUUUUCUUUGUGCAGAGCAAUGUAGCUUUUUUUCCCCCUCUCCACUUCCUUACGGAGCAGAGUGCUGCCCUAAUUCCCACCUCGGCUAAUUGGCUCACAUUUAAAUUUGGCAUCCGUUUCUCUCUUAAUUUACAUUGGACCUUCUCCCCCUCACCAAGUCCUACCUCUCUUUACUUUCUCUCAUUACCUUUGUUUAUGUUACCCUUUAGAACACGGGUGUCAAACUCAAGGCCCGGGGACCAGAUCCAGCCCACGGGGUGCUUAGAUCUGGCCCACUGGGCUGCCCUGUUAAUAGUGAAGGAUCGGCCCGCAAUGCCUCUGCCAGCAAAAACGGAGCUCGGGAGGGCCGCGUGCUCCGUUUUCGCUGGCAGAGGUUUGCAGGAGCCCAUCCCAGCUGAAAAUGGAGCUCUGGAGCCCAUUUUCACUGACAGAGCUCUCAGGCCGCCACAAGCGCCCCUGACACGAGGGACAUCAUGCUGGCCACGCCCCCUGGCCACGCCCCCCAGCCCCCCGCCAAAGUCAAACACAGCCUUGAUGUGGCUCUAAAUGAAAUUGAGUUAGACAUGCCUGCUUUAGAAAUAUUUUUUUACCCUGGCAUAGAUAAGGGUUUAUAUCUCUUGCUCCCCAAACUUAAUAAAAGCCACAUCAGGAAGCUUGGCCCUUCAGCAGUUCGUCAGUAACUCCGAUUUUAAUAAGGUUCUCAAAUUUUCAACCCCACUUGGACGAUUUAAGAUUAACAGUGGUGCGUUCUUCUUGUUCUUCUUGUGCUUCUUCUUCUUCUUCUUCUUCUUCUUCUUCUUCUUCUUCGUCUUCUUCUUCUUCUUCUUCUUCGUCAAUGGGAGGAUUUUGUGGGACAAGAUUAUUGCAAUAGAUCCUGAGAUAUAGUUUUGGGCAGCCUUUUUGGGAAGAUCCUUAGGAGCUUCCACCGUGAAGUCUGCAUCCAAAAUGGUGGCCAAAAUAGGACCUUUGUUUUUCUCUCUUUCUCUAUCAUUAUAUUAGUUUUGGAGAAGAGAGGUAUUCAUGUAGCCAAGGUCUGCUUGUGAUUGUUAUUGCAAGCGAUCUUUGACACGUUUGGCAGACAGAUGAUCUUCCAUUG